CGCCAACGUCAAACGUGGUUGUCUGUCAGGAUCUUGUAGUCUUUUUGCGCCUGCAACAAAGAGUUACAAGACGAAACUUGCAACUCGGCGACAGGCAAGGAGUGAUCAACCCUUCCUGCGCCUGUCCGUCCGCCCCGGCCAACCCUAGCUCAGGAGAAUGUGAUGCCGAAGAAACGAUACCAUUCCAAAUUCACCAAGCCGCAGUCGACCGCGCCUGCGUCGCUCAGCAUCUCGGGCGCCAGCAGCGACCAUGACAGCUCUCCACAGCAGCGCCGCAGCGUCAAUGAGCUACUUAGCAACCUGCGCCGUGUACGCCUGAGUGGCGCCACUCAGGCCCCUGCCCUAAACGUGCAGCCGUCGGUCCCGCCCGUUAUCCGCGAUAUCCUCCACCUUCCCGAGACACCCGCCCCACGGCCCCGUCGGCCUGCCCGCCUCGGCGCUGGCAGGCUUGCGCCGGCAGGCCCGGCUCCUCCGCGAAGCUGGCUCUCACCAUCCGCCCCGCUUGCCAGUCCCCAGGACCGGACGUCCUUCCGGCCCAGGGACGACCGCCGCCCUCUACCUGGCGCCUACUGUCCCGGUACCGGGAGCCUGAUCGACAUCGCUUUGCGUCGGUUGGCCCUCGACUGGCCCUUCCAGAAGGAAUACUGUCACUACUACCUCUAUGAUCUUCCCACGCAUCUCCGACUUGCUCUAAUCACGUAUCUAGCCGCAUACACUACGGAAGGCGUGUCUCUCGCCGACCUACAAGCCAUUCUUCUACCCCCGCCUGCGGAUGGCGAAGACGCCACUCCCGUCUCGCCGGACUCGUCGUCUGAUCAGGGUCAGCAGCAAUACCUGAGUCCCAGUAUCAUGAACAAAGACGUCCACCACCUCGACCUCUCCCGCUGCCUUGGACGGUCGCUGAAGCUGCGCGAGCUGUCGGGUUUCCUUUUUCCCUCGUCCUCUCCAACGUCAGACGAGGACUUUGCGGGCCAGACUCUCGAUCGAUGGGACGCUCCUGAAGCGGACGCCGCACUCGUCAUCCCGCCCGCCCUGCUCCCGAAUCUCACCCACCUGUCUCUGGCACUCGACCUGUGGUUGCCUCGCAAUGUGUCGUGGCGCCACCUCCUAGCCUUCGUGUCCCACUGCGGUCCGACGCUCACGCACCUGAGCCUGGCAUUCUGGCCGGAACCGACCCUGACACCCAAUGCCAAAUUCACCUCGGUAGUCUCCCCCCAGGGCCGCGUUGUCCAAUACGGCGGCACGGGUCCUUAUAGCCAUUCGCUCGACAACGACUGGGUUGAAGCGGUGGCGGUCCUCCGCAAGUUAAGCAAGGCCCUCUACGGUCUCGAGUACCUCGACCUGACGGGCUGCGCUGUCUGGAGCCCCGCCCUCUGGGAUUCUGCGGAUCAUGAUGCCGUGGAUUGGGUAGGCACCUGGGGCAAGAUCUCGACCGUGAUCCUGUGCUCAGGUUACUACCUGCCCGACGGGAGUCCGCGCGAGGUGCUGUCCGAUGGCGAGGCCGGGUUCGUGGCUACCGUCGGUGAAGCUGCCAGAAGGCUCGAGAGACAUGUCCGCAGCAAGCGUGCCGGGCAGGGUAGGGUCUUUAGUGUUGAGACGGGCAAGUAGAUUUAUACUCUUGGAGAUCACAGGCGUCUGAUGCUCUAAGUGCGCCUGGAAGGUAUGAAAUAUAUAUGGCUAGCUCGGUGCUUACGUCAAGGAGACCGUUGGGGAAAAUAAUGAUGUAUGAUCACCUUACUCACAAGCCUUUACCCAACGUGCUAUAAAGAAAGAUGUUACGGGGUUAGUUACUUUAGACAAGAAAGAGAAGUAGAAAAAGAUCGAAAGCUCAGCCAGCCUCCGCCCGCCGAUGGUCCCCGAAACCUUGGGAUACCCAGAAUUACAUCCAGGUCUUGAACCCUGUUUUCAGAAACGUUUUUGGACUCCUGCUUCUAACGGUAGGUAUUUUUCGCUCGUUUUCCGUUUUAAUUAUUGAUAAUUUAAAGAGUAAUGGG